GAAACGGAACUAACGAUCUCUCUCUCUCUAGGCGGAACCGGAGAAAACUAGUUCCGGGUCAGCUUCUGUGUGGCUUAUCCCAGUAGGGAAAAUCAUGACUUCUCUGCGUGCUUUCACCUGCAACGAUCUCUUCCGCUUCAACAAUAUCAACUUGGAUCCUCUUACAGAGACUUAUGGAAUUCCCUUUUACUUGCAGUACUUGGCUCAUUGGCCAGAAUAUUUUAUUGUUGCAGAAGCACCUGGAGGAGAAUUGAUGGGCUAUAUCAUGGGGAAGGCGGAAGGUUCUGUAGCAAGAGAGGAGUGGCAUGGCCAUGUUACUGCACUUUCUGUUGCACCUGAAUUUCGCCGGCUGGGUUUGGCUGCUAAGCUAAUGGAGCUGCUUGAAGAAAUAUCAGAAAGAAAGGGUGGAUUUUUUGUGGAUCUCUUUGUGAGAGUGUCAAAUCAGGUUGCAGUGAACAUGUACAAACAACUAGGCUACAGUGUGUACAGAACAGUUCUGGAGUACUACUCUGCCAGCAAUGGGGAGCCUGAUGAAGAUGCAUAUGAUAUGAGGAAAGCUUUGUCCAGAGAUACAGAGAAGAAAUCAAUUAUACCACUACCACAUCCUGUCAGACCAGAAGACAUUGAAUAGGCUUAUGAUACUAUUAUCUGUACAGAAUACUGAAAACAACAUAUGUAGACAGCUGGCAACAUUUUCAAAGGACAUUGCAGCAUAUAUUAUGAAUGUAAUUUGGAAGCCUUGGAACUGGGGAAGAAGAGUAUAUGAAGGGUACCUUAAGUCUAAUGUUCUGGAAGGAAAACAAAAUUGUAGCUGCAGUUCUUUUAAGCUCAUGGUUUCAUUUUUAAACCAUAAACCAUUAGUCCCUUGCCUGUAUAUAAAUAUUUCUAGACAUGCAGCAAAGAAAAUUUCACUUAUUUUGGUUGGUUGUUGGAUCAAUAUUGUCAAUGCCAUUUAUGCAUUUAAUUUUAUAAAUAAAAUCAAUAAGGGGAGGUAAA